AAUGAAAAGACAUGCACAAAGUAUGGUUGAUUGGGGGAAAUCUGUGCAGACUACAGUGGAGAGUAGCCUUGGUGGUGUGCACAAGUUUCUAAUGACCAUCGCAUCCCUUCAAGGAAUUCCAGGGCCUGAGAUUCCAUGCAUUGUUAUACCCCCACCUCCAGCUUUUCCAACUUUAACCACUUCGUCUCCGAUCUUUUCUCCAGAAAUGCCCUCCACCGGCGAAUCAACAAAUGAUGCUGAAAAUAUAGAUAAUACAUUGCAUGGAGCGGAAGAUGGAAUGUUUGGCGGCUUCUUUGAUGCAAAUGGUAAUGAUGCGAAUGGUGUUGUUGCUGGAACUUUCCCCCCACCUGGUGAUGAUUUACCUACAUUUUGAGAUAUCUCUCAUCAUGGGAAGGAAGUGGUCUGAACUUUUUUUUGUUGAUUAAUUGGAAGCAAAUGGACAAUUAUCCUUUUGGCCAUGCACUUGGUUAUGGUUGUGAUGUCUUGGAUCAGUGACUUAUAUGAUGCAUGUUGUAUUAUUCCAGGCUACUAAUUGGCAAUCCUAG